AUGGAAGUCCACCAGCAGCACUACACCAGGCGUUCCACCUCCCUCUGCACCACCGCGGCCGCCUCCUUCUUCAGCCAGGCGGCGGCGGACGACCCGAAACUAACAUCAUCAUCCCCUCCCCAUCGCCUCUCCCUCCAAUCCCACUACGACCACCACCACGACAACCUCCUCUACAGCCCACCCCACCACCAGGGCUCCUCCUCUCCCUGGGUUUCCCACCCCACCCCUUCCCCCUCCGUCCUCUACCACUGUGUCGCCGCCCUCCACCGCCACCACGGCCUCGUCCUCUCCGUCUCCCCUUCCCCUUCCUCCGGCCUCGUCUUCACCGGCUCCGACAGCCCCCGCGUCCGCGCUUGGCUCCACCCCCACCUCUGCGAGCUCGGCCACCUCUCCUCCCGUCACGGCGGCGUCCGCUCCCUCCUCUCCCACGGCACCACCCUCUUCACCUCCCAUUCCGACCUCCGCGUCCGCGUCUGGGACUUCUCCCACUCCCACACCUUCCGCGCCAAGAAAACCGCCACCCUCCCGAAACCUCGCCGCUCCAUCUUCUCCUUCUCCAAUGCCAGCUCUUUCUCCCGCCACCGUGACCAAAUCUCUUGCAUGGCUUACAACCCCACGGAGGGCCUCCUCUACACCGCCUCAUGGGACAGGACGGUCAAGGCGUGGCGAAUCUCCGACGGUCGCUGUGUGGACUCGUUCCGGGCCCACGACGACCGCGUCAACGCGGUGGCGGUCGACAACGACGACGGCUGCGUCUUCACGUGCUCGUCGGAUGGCUCGGUCAAGGUGUGGCGGCGCGUGUACGGGCAGAGCUCGCACACGCUGACGGUGACGCUGCGAAUGUAG